AUGGUGGACUUCUUGAACAAAGCCACGAAGAGAAGUGGUACUUCAUGCAGCUCAGAUUCUACAUUGCGUGGAUCAAGCUGCGAGGCCUACAAACUUGACGAGGUGACAAGCUGGAAGACCUUUGUUGCUCAAACCGGUGUUGUGCUCAAGGGAAUGCGGCGAGUGCAUUUUCUUCGUUAUUGCCAAAGAAGGGACAUGGGGUCUGACAUUUUGGAUAACGUGGCAGAAAUAGAGGAACUUCGAGGUGUCCCGCCAGCAGAUCGCAAUGGAGAAGACAUAUUCUUAGUCACAAAACAGUGGCUAGCCGACACUGAAAUUGCAAGAGUGAUCUGCGUCAUGUCCGCUUCAACAGCCCAACAAAUUCGUGUUGGGUGCAGUAGUCCGGCUGGCUUGGCUGAGCGAAGGAGGAUUUCUGAUGGUGUGAGAUCAAAUAUCAACAGAUACGCCACUCGGAGUUUGAACAAGGGCACUCUGUCCAAGGACUCCGGACAGUACCUAUUGAAGUGGGUCAACGGCACAUUGCCGUGCUUUCCAAAGCCAGAGUCAUACCCUAUCCUGAGUUACAGGUACAUUCGAGAACUGCAAGCAGAAGCCAGACAUCCAGGCGCAUGGAUGACACCUGCCCGUCGCAGGAAUUUUGAUGUGACAAUUGGUCCAGCAGAUGGUAAUUUGACGUCGGAUUCUAAUGAAGAUGAGGUGGACUUGAGUGCAGCUGCUGAUGAUGGCAUCCCAAAGGUCGAGGAUGGAGACAUUUUCUUCAGUUCGGAUGAGGAGCCCAUUGCAGGCCUGCCAAUUCGUGCUUUCAUCUACAACUUCCUCAAGGAAGAACGCUUUGCAAAUCUUCGGGGUCAGCUAGCUGCAACUUGUCGGGGCAUUGACCGGCUGCGUAUUGGUAGCAUCUGUUCUGGGUGGGGUGUCUUGGAAAUGGUCAUGGAGACCUUCCGACCAGCUUGGAACCAAGAGUGCGUUCUAGAAGACAACUUGCUGCUAGAGGUGGAGUUGAGCUUCGUUGUGGAGAAGGAUCGGAGAAAGCAAGACUACCUGCGAAGUCGAUUUCCACAUGCUAAAGUGUUUUUCAACGACAUGAAUGACAUGGGACAUGCGAAGGCUUCCACUUUUGAUGGUAGCUUCCACAAAGUGCCCAAGGUGGACCUUCUUUGCAGCGGCUUUCCAUGCGUUUCGGUGAGCCCAUUGACUACAACACCGGGAUCGGUGUUGGACAAAUCAUGUCAGUCUGGUUGCACUGAACGGGAGAUUGCAAUCUUGGCAUGUGCUUGUGAAGAGAUGAUGGAGAUGGGGGUGAACCCGGUGGAAGAACUCCUGGUGAUUCAGGUCGUUUUCGGUGCCAGUCCACUUCGCUGCUCUAGUGACUUUGCUAGCGCACUGGCGCCCACCGUGUCCCUGGCAGAUGCGUUGAAGGUAGUUCAGCGCUGCUUCAGGCGACCUGACAGGCUCCUAGCAGAUAGCUUGGCUUUUUGCAAGGCUUUGGGAAUCAUUGCCAGAGAUGCGACCACGGAGGACUUUCAGAAGAAGUUUCUUGCGAUGAAGGACUACCCGCCUCAACCUGGAACCUUCACUACCACGGCCAUUUUGAACUGGAGCUUUGAAGAUACUUCUUUCUGGCGCCCUCCAGACCUUCCAACUGUCAUGGACAUCUCAAAGUCCAUUGCACUGGGCGAGAUCCUGGGACUUCGGAUGGCAAUGGAUGAAGAUACUCAAAUGGAAGAUGAAGCGGGUUUGAAUCCAGGCCUUGGGGAGCUCACCUUUGACGAUGGAGGUAUGCGCGGGCUUGCUGCAGCACUGUGCUGGGUUGGGCUGGUUUACAGAUGCUCCAAUGAGAGCAAGGAGGCAUUGUGCCAUCCCAGUGUGAUUGCCCUGGCUCGCUCAUUGCUGCAACUGCCUACCAUGCGUAAGAGCCAAAGCUCAGACAUGAUGUCUGAACAAAUCCGCCGCAUCAUUCGCCAGAAUGUCGAGUCCAAGAAAAUGGCAAUCACCAGCUUUGAGUGGGCGGAAAUCCUACGCAACAUGAACAAGCAGGGGCAACCAACUUCAGUGCAAGAUGCCAUCGACUGCUACAACAAGAGUCCAGAAGUCGACCGGAUUGGUGCGGGCUCUUUGGUGAUUGACAGCAAGAAGCUGUGGGCAAUAAAGCAUUGGAUGGAACAGACCUGUGACGCAGCACGUGAAGAGGUCAUGAUCUCAUUGAAAGACAAUGCCUUUGCCUUUGGACCUUGGGGGGAGAGUUUGUCUAUCAUGAAGCACCUGUUCAUGAAGUCCACCAUUUCCAAUCUUCAGUGCUCCACUUCGUCAUUGUCGCCUUUGGAGGGUGAGAGCACCAUUCCUUUAGACUGGACUUUGCCCAUGUGGUCUCAUGCACAGACAAUGCUCUUCCGCAGGAUUCGGUUGCACUUCGAGAAAGCGACAGCCAUUGUGGAAGAUGCCCAAGACCGUCGCAAAUACAGAAUGUCUGAAUCGGAUCUGUUGAGCCUCAGAAAUGUUCUGUGCCUUUGGGCACAGGUGAGGGAUUUCCUCUCUACCCGCCUUCCCAACUUCACGAGCCUGGAGGAAGCACUCAUGAAGGGCAAUGGAGCUGAUCAUGAGCUAGAACAGAUCCUUCAGCAGCGGCCAGCCGUGUUUGCAGUUUCCUUCUUGCCGUGUGCGCAACAGUCAGCUCUGGAAGAUGUCAAGAAGCACGAAGAAGUUGUGACAUUAGAAGCUCAGAAGCAGAGAUUGGAACUGAGGGAUGCAAAGUGGAAGUACUUUGCUGCUGCGCUUAACCGUGAUCAGCAGGUUUUGCGCAUGAUUCUUUCUGCUCCAGCAAAGCUUGAAGCUUUGAAGCACAGGAAGCAAAUGGCAUGGAGGAUUGAGCAAGCCCAGGUCGGAGAACGGGUGGUGAAGAGCUACCUUGAGAAGUUCCUUCGGUGUGAUGUUGUUGAGAAGAUGGAGCAUGGGCAGCUGAAGGUCAACGAGUACAGGAGUUUUGUGGCUGCUUGCUUCCAAUUCAAUUGUUUUGUUUCAUUCUGGAUACUGAUGACUUUUUACAUUAAGGCAGCUACUUGCAAUUGCAAAGAAUCUGAUGUCCACAUCUUGACCUUCGUGGAUUUGAAUGUUCCUUUGGCCAAAUCCAAGGAACGCAUGGAGGAAUUAUGCACCCUCGUGCAAUUCGCGAAUGACCUCCAACCUACGCGCAAUGUCGGCGUCAUUGAGGUGCCUGAAGCACCGAAGAAGACCUCAAAGCGUGGCCUUGCGGAUGAGGAGUCUGAUCUGCAACAGACUCUGUGGGGGUUGCGGCAAGCAUGUGACAACAGAUGGUUUGUUCCUUUUGAGAUCCAAGCCUCGGCAGAUGCCCAGACUGCCAGGAGGCGGUUCUCCUUUGGACGCUUGGUGGUCAACAAGGAGGCUGAAAGCGAUAACCCGUGGAUCAACAACAGUGAGUUUGGUAGUGCAGGCAGACCUUUGGGCACUGACCCAAUUAUCCUACCAUUGAGCAAAGACCUGAUCCUGCCAGAAGCAUUAGAUCCAGACAGCGACCUGCGCUUUGCAGAAAGACUUCGACCAAGUUCGGAAGCGACAUCCGCUCAAAAAGGGUGUCAGCGUUGGGAGGCAAUUCUCAAGUCCAUGCUCACCAUGACCGGCUACAGCUUGAAGAAGUCACCAGUCAUUGUACUCAACCUCACGUCCUAUGUGGAGGAUCUUGGAGUUUCAGCUUUCCGUCUCAGGGAGUCCAAGCAAGAGCUCAAGGGAGGCUUUCACACGGACUUGCUCUUUUACCAAAGCGUUUGGUGGCUAAACAAGGACGGAUUUGGAGCUGCACGAUUGGCCAGAGAGGUGACCGAUGCAUGGAUCGCAGGUAAGCUGGAGCACGCAGGGCAGAAAAUCAAUGUCGACAUUCCAGCUUUGACGAAUGAUGAAAUCUCAUCAAUCCCAGGCGCUGCCGCAAGCCUUUCUCGACUUGACACGGUGCAGUUCGAAGUCCUGGAAAGGAUUGGCAGCAGCAUGAACAUCAAGAAUGACGAACACCGCUUCUGGAUGGCCCAGGGAGGGACCAUCACAGAUGAAUAUUGUGCCCUUCGUGAAGCUCAUCUUGACCUCAUAGGAAGGGAAAAUGUGCUUCAAGCAGAUGGUCCAAGUGAAGCAUCACAGCAACUUGUAGAGGCACAACCCGAGAACACAGAGUCUGAAGCAGCUACCACAGCUACCACCAUGGAAUCCUUGGAAAAAUUGGAAGCGUCGCAUGGUGUUGAGCACAAGGUUGCCUCGGAGAUCCCUCAGGUGGAGAUUAUUUUGGCAAAAGAUGGGUCUUUGUGGCUGAUGUCUUCUCAAGAUCGGUCCAUCCCAAAGCAUUCACAACUCGGAGGCUUUGGGACAGGGCAGCAUGUGCCAGCAGAAGGAGAGGAAGGCAUCGACUUCCAUCUCCCUGAAGGGGAUCGCUCUCUGGUCCAACUCGACGAGGCAUCUUUCAAAGCAGAUGGGAGUGGUGUGUCAGUCAUCACCUUCUUCAAAAUGCUUGUCUUAGCGGAGCAGCAGAAGCAUCUCACUCAACAUCUGGUCUCCUACAUGAAUGUGACCAGGAAAGCGGACAGCAGCCUUGAGACCGGGAUGGAUGGUUUUGAGAUCACCUACAAAUCCAAGAUGCGAUUCAAGUGCUUGGUUCAGGAGAAGGUCACCUGCAAGAACAUUUUUGCGAAGAUGGUGGGCAAAAUCAAUGAGAUGGGUCAACUGCAGUCGAUUUUUAGGUUCCGAUAUGAAAGGAUUGGAGCCUCUUUUAAAGUCCAGCGGCCAUACGUAAUUACAAAGGCCAGGAUUAGCCUCAAGCGCGGACAGCCUCAACAAAUCAAAUAG